GCGAGCGCACCAACGGGGAUCUGAGCAUCCGACCGGCCGCUUGCUAGGGUUUCGUCCGUCCGCCUCCCUGCCACAGCACCACUCCGCAUCUCCAGCCCUAGCCUCGCUCAGCCCGGGAUCCCGCGGGGGCCAUGGCGGCUGAAGCGCCACCGUCGGCGUCGGCGUCGGCGUCCUCCUCCUCGGCUCCGCGGCCGCCUACCGCGGCCGCCUCCGCCCCCGGCGGCGGCGGCGGCGGGGCGCCCGCGUCCGCGGAGUCGUACCUCGGGAGCCUCAUCAGCCUGACAUCGAAGAGCGAGAUCAGGUACGAGGGCGUCCUCUACGACAUCAACACCGAGGAGUCCAGCAUCGGCCUGCGCAAUGUGCGGUCCUUUGGAACCGAAGGUCGGAAGAAAGACGGAGUGCAGAUUCCUGCUAGCGACAAAGUUUACGAGUAUAUCCUCUUCCGGGGAACUGAUAUCAAGGAUUUGCAAGUUAAGUCAUCACCACCACAGCCGCCACCACCACAAGCAGCUUCCCUGCACAAUGAUCCUGCCAUAAUACAGUCACAUUAUUCUCAACCUGCAUCAACGUCAUCAAGUUUGCCUUCAGCUGGGGGUGCAGUUUUACCAGACUUUAGCUCCCAGGCAGUUCAAUAUGGGCUUCAGAGGCCAACCUUUCAGAGUAACCUUCCUCUCUACCAACCAGGGAAUACUCCGUGGGGCUCUUCAGUGGCACCUCCAGCAGGAAAUGCUCCAUGGGGCUCUUCAGUGGCGCCUCCAGCAGGAAAUGCUUCAACACUUUCAGUUCCCUCAAUGUACUGGCAAGGGUACUAUGCACCUUCAAGUGGGCUGCCGCAUCAUUUGCAGCCACCUCCUUUGCUUCAUCCAACACCAGGAUUGUCGGUUCCCCAGAAUCUCCAAUAUCCAGGACUAAAUCCUUCUUUGCAAUCUGGGCCGCAAAAGCUGUCAGAACUCCAACCCUCAUUGAUGCCACCUAUUACUAGUCAAGGUCCUUCAUCAGGUAUCCUGCCUGCUACAACAGCUCCUGCUUCUGCUACAUUAUUAGCUCCAGAAAGCUCAAAGCCUCUGUUGCCGAACAUGGGAUCGUUGUUUGCUCCACGUGCAACAUCUCUUGGUGCAACUUUUCCUUUACCAAGCCAGCCAACUGCCGUCGCUGAAACUAGUGCAACAGUGUCACAGAACUUAACUUCAUUUGGUAGCAGCAAGGUUCCUGCUCUUCCAGGCUCAACACUGGCAUACCAAACCGUAUCUCAGUCUGUUUCUUCUACUAUUGCCCCAUCUAGCUCAGCCCAAGCGGAGAUGCCUGUGCCUUUGCUGGCACCAUCAGGUCAACUAUUGCAGAACACAUCAUCCAUCCUUUCAUCAUCGCAUUCCAUGCAGGCACCAUUACAGCUGGCUAGCAAAGAAGUCAAGCCAAUUGAGCCUAAGGCUAAGGUUGCAGAACCGUUACUACCUGACCCUUUGCUACCAGAUCCACCAUCACGGGCUAUGCCUGAAAUUAAGGAGCCUAUAUUACCAUUGCCGAAACAGACGCCUCAGAAGUACAAUGGAUCUGGUUCACGCAACCACCACAACUUUAGGGGCCGUGGAAGGGGUAGAGGGAGUGCGUUUUCACAGUCUGUAACAGCAUUCACUGAAGAAUUUGAUUUCACGGCCAUGAAUGAGAAGUUUAACAAAGAUGAAGUAUGGGGCCAUCUUGGUAAGAAAUCCCAGUCAAGGGACAAGGAUGGUGAGGUGGGAGAUGAUGUGUUUGAUGAAGAACUGGAGGCUGAGGAAACUGACAACCCAGAGCUAGCUGUUAAGCCUGUUUAUGUCAAGGACGACUUCUUUGAUUCCCUCUCUAGUGGAACGUUUGGACGUGGAGGGCCAAAUGGAAGGGGAAGACCUUCUGAACGGCGCAGAGUAGACACAGAGACGUUUGGCGAAUUUCCGAGGCACAGGCAGCCCUACCGUGGUGGCGGCCGAGGCUACCGUGGCGGUGGGCGUUCCCGUGGUUCAUAUUACGGUGGCAGAGGCUAUGGAAACACGGGGAGGGGUGGCCCUGGGAAUUCUUAUCCUCACUGGGGCAAUGGGAGAGAUUGAUUAUAGCAGCAGCAGCCAUACUUGCGGGUGUUGUAGUCUUUUGCCACAUGCAUGAAGCGCAUCCAUUACUAUUAAACAAAUAAAUGGAACCUUACCACCAUGUCACUCGUCGGUGUGCCUUGUCCAGACAAGGCCUGUAGCGUUUGGUCAUUGAUGUGGUGCACCCCUGCCCUGUAGGAGAGUUACCAGUAGAUGAGCAGAUGAGAUGAUGCUUGAUAGGUAUAAGCUUGUGGCCCUUGAUGUGCAUACCUUGCACUUGAGAUUUAGUUGUAUAGGCCGGUCUCAAUGCAGGCAUGCAACGUCGGCUCUAGCUCAGUAACCUUUUCCUUUCACAAAGUUUAGCCGUGUUGUCUGUUUUGUAUUGGUGAUAGUGUAACUUUGAAAAAUUUACUGCUUAUUGUACGUUGUUUGGGUUGAGGAUGAGUGGGAUGGAAUGGCUCUAUUCUAGUCUUUUAGGAUGGGAUUCGAGUCUGGUGUUUGGUUGGAGGGGAGGACUUGUCCCAGUUUCUGUAUUUGAAUGGAGGGACGAUGAGAAGGAAUUUAUGUUGUUUGUGACUGGUU